UUGCGCACGCGUUCAUUUUCACAUGGUUUAUGGUCUGCCGUAACCUUUAUUUAAUUGAGCACUAAGUAAAACGAGUAAUUUUUAAUUAUCAAAGUGCAUUAGUUAACAUAACAUGUUUAAAUCACAACUGAGUAAAAUAGUAACUGGAUGGUAGGCUUAUCAUAACAGUAAUUGGAUUGUCAUCAUUCGUGGCCUCCAAGAGAUCAAUCACAGCGCGCAGAACCGAGGAAAUGCUAGAAAGAAAAAGAGCACGUCUGGCUGCCCUUCAAUCUGAAAAUAAUUAAAAAAAUUAUUUUUCUUUUAACCAAUAAUUAAUUUUUCUAUUUAUAAUUAUUAUUACAUUAAUUGUAUUUUAUUAUUUAAGUCAUAAAAAAUAAUAGUAGUUAUUAUUACUAUUUUAGAAAUUGUAAUUUAAGAAAUUAAGGCGAGAAAAAUAAAAUGGCUGGGCUACCGGAGUUAGAUGAAGCAAAGUUGAAGCUGGUCCAGCAGCUGGAGAUAGAGAUGAUGUCUGACAUGUACAACAGAAUGACAGCCGCCUGUCAUCGGAAGUGCAUCCUUCCCUCGUACAACGAACCUGACAUGGGGAAAGGAGAGUCCGUGUGCAUAGAUAGGUGCGUCGCUAAGUACCUUGAUGUUCACGAGAGAAUUGGUAAAAAACUCACCCAAAUUUCUAUGAACGAGCAGCAGCAAGUUGAAGGAAACGCGGCUUCGUCUUAAUAAAAUAUUAAAUUUGAUAUUGAAAAUUAUUAAUGGUACAUGCAUUUUAUUUGAUUGGAUGAUGUAAAAAUUUAUCUUAUGGUAUUUUUCUUUUGUUAAAUAGAUAAAAUACAUUUUAGAAGCUGGUGGGCUUUUGAUGUGUAUGUUUAGUUGUUUAUAUCAUUCACAAGUAGAUACACUAUUGUAUUUAGAUUAUUUUGAAAAUAAAAUGUAUAAAAUUUA